GUCACGUGCUGCUACAGCCGCCGGGGUGAGGCCGCCGUCUUAGCCAAGGCUGGUUUGGGCUGUGACUGUGGGAGGCGCCGGGGUGAUGGCGGUGGAGACUCUGUCCCCGGACUGGGAGUUCGACCGCGUAGACGAUGGCUCACAGAAAAUUCAUGCUGAAGUCCAGCUUAAGAAUUAUGGGAAAUUUCUUGAGGAGUAUACCUCUCAAUUGAGAAGAAUUGAGGAUGCACUGGAUGACUCAAUUGGAGAUGUUUGGGAUUUCAAUCUUGAUCCUAUAGCAUUAAAGCUUUUGCCUUAUGAACAGUCUUCCCUUUUGGAACUCAUCAAGACUGAAAACAAGGUCCUAAACAAAGUCAUCACUGUUUAUGCUGCACUUUGUUGUGAAAUCAAGAAAUUAAAAUAUGAGGCUGAAACUAAAUUUUACAAUGGUCUCUUGUUUUAUGGAGAAGGAGCUACAGAUUCCAGCAUGGUGGAAGGUGAUUGUCAAAUUCAAAUGGGGAGAUUUAUUUCAUUCUUACAGGAACUGUCUUGUUUUGUUACGAGGUGCUAUGAAGUGGUGAUGAAUGUAGUCCAUCAGUUGGCUGCCCUGUAUAUCAGUAACAAGAUUGCACCCAAAAUUAUAGAAACAACUGGAGUUCAUUUUCAGACUAUGUAUGAGCACUUGGGAGAGCUGCUAACAGUUUUGCUAACUCUGGAUGAAAUUAUUGAUAAUCACAUCACGUUAAAAGACCACUGGACUAUGUACAAAAGGUUACUGAAAUCUGUCCAUCACAAUCCUUCGAAGUUUGGAAUUCAGGAGGAAAAGCUAAAGCCUUUUGAAAAGUUCUUGCUGAAACUAGAAGGGCAGUUACUUGAUGGAAUGAUAUUUCAGGCCUGUAUAGAACAGCAGUUUGAUUCUCUCAAUGGAGGAGUAUCUGUGUCAAAAAAUAGCACUUUUGCUGAAGAAUUUGCACAUAGUAUUCGCUCAAUUUUUGCAAAUGUAGAAGCCAGACUUGGCGAACCUUCUGAAAUUGAUCAGAGAGACAAGUAUGUGGGAGUUUGUGGACUCUUUGUAUUGCACUUUCAAAUUUUUCGAACUGUUGAUAAAAAGUUUUACAAGUCUUUAUUGGACAUUUGUAAGAAGGUACCAGCCAUCACUCUAACUGCUAAUAUUAUUUGGUUUCCUGAUAAUUUUUUGAUCCAGAAAAUACCAGCAGCUGCCAAACUUCUGGACAAAAAAAGUCUUCAGGCCAUUAAAAUACACAGAGAGACUUUCCUACAGCAGAAAGCUCAGUCACUUACCAAAGAUGUACAGUCUUACUACGUCUUUGUGAGCUCAUGGAUGAUGAAAAUGGAAUCUAUUUUAUCUAAAGAGCAGAGAAUGGAUAAAUUUGCUGAAGACCUCACCAGUAGAUGUAAUGUUUUUAUACAGGGCUUUUUAUAUGCAUAUAGUAUUAGUACCAUUAUUAAAACCACAAUGAAUCUCUACAUGUCCAUGCAAAAGCCAAUGACCAAAACAUCAGUUAAGGCAUUAUGUAGGCUUGUUGAACUUCUCAAGGCGAUAGAGCAUAUGUUCUACAGGAGAAGCAUGGUUGUGGCUGAUUCAGUCUCGCAUAUAACACAGCACCUUCAGCAUCAGGCUCUUAAUUCUAUUUCUGUGGCCAAGAAAAGAGUAAUCUCUGACAAAAAAUAUAGUGAACAGCGUCUUGAUGUGCUCUCUGCUCUAGUUUUGGCUGAAAACACUCUAAAUGGACCAAGCACAAAGCAGCGACGACUUAUUGUUUCUCUGGCGCUGAGCGUGGGCACACAGAUGAAAACAUUUAAAGAUGAAGAACUCUUUCCACUUCAAGUAGUCAUGAAAAAGCUGGAUCUUAUCAGUGAACUUCGAGAAAGAGUCCAGACACAAUGUGAUUGUUGUUUUCUAUACUGGCAUCGAGCUGUCUUCCCAAUUUAUUUAGAUGAUGUAUAUGAAAAUGCUGUUGAUGCAGCCAGACUACAUUACAUGUUCAGUGCUUUACGUGACUGUGUACCUGCCAUGAUGCAUGCGAGGCAUUUGGAGUCCUAUGAAAUACUUCUGGAUUGCUAUGACAAGGAAAUUAUGGAAAUUUUAAAUGAGCAUUUGCUGGACAAGUUGUGCAAAGAAAUAGAGAAGGACCUGCGACUUUCUGUGCAUACUCAUUUAAAGCUGGAUGACAGAAACCCUUUCAAAGUUGGCAUGAAAGACCUGGCCCUUUUUUUCUCUCUGAAUCCAAUUCGGUUUUUCAAUCGUUUCAUUGACAUUCGAGCUUAUGUAACUCACUACCUAGACAAGACUUUCUACAAUCUAACGACAGUAGCUCUUCAUGACUGGGCUACUUACAGUGAAAUGAGAAAUUUAGCGACUCAGCGUUAUGGAUUGGUUAUGACAGAGGCCCAUCUUCCUAGUCAGACUUUGGAACAG